GGAGCUAACCCCAUUACCCCAAUUAUACAUCCAGGUCUAUCAGCUGAUCCCUCUGAUCCUGGGAAAUGUUCUCCUGAUCACUCUGAUAUUGGUGCAUCUGUUACAGCUCUGAAAGUAGAUACAGUGUUUCCAUGUUCUAUAGAUGCCAAAUGUUUUACACAGAACACAAAACCUAUUAACCCGCACACAGUUAAGGCAGGUGAAAGGCCACUUAUAUGUUCUGAGUGUGGGAAAUGUUUUACAUACAAAUCAGAUCUUGUUAUACAUCAGAGAAGUCACACAGGUGAGAAACCAUUUCCAUGUUCUGAGUGUGGAAAAUGUUUUUCAAACAAAUCAGAUCUUAUUAAACAUCAGAGAAGUCACACAGGUGAGAAGCCAUUUUCAUGUUCUGAGUGUGGGAAAUGUUUUACACGGAAAUCAUAUCUUGUUACACAUCAGCGAACUCACACAGGUGAGAAGCCAUUUCUAUGCUCUGAGUGUGGGAAAGGUUUUGCAAACAAAUCAGAUCUUGUUAAACAUCAGAGAAGUCACACAGGUGAGAAGCCAUUUCCAUGUUCUGAGUGUGGGAAAUGUUUUACACGGAAAUCAUAUCUUGUUACACAUCAGCAAACUCACACAGGUGAGAAGCCAUUUCUAUGCUCUGAGUGUGGGAAAUGUUUUGCAAACAAAUCAAAUCUUGUUAUACAUCACAGAAGUCACACAGGUGAGAAGCUGUUUUCUUGCUCUGAGUGUGGGAAAUGUUUUACACAAAAACCACAUCUUGUUAUACAUCACAGAAGUCACACAGGUGAGAACCCAUUUCCAUGUUCUGAUUGUGGGAAAUGUUUUACACAGAAAUCAUAUCUUGUUACACAUCAGCGAACUCACACAGGUGAAAACCCAUUUCCAUGUUCUGAGUGUGGGAAAGGUUUUGCACACAAAUCACAUCUUGUUAAACAUCACAGAAGUCACACAGGUGAGAAGCCAUUUUCUUGCUCUGAGUGUGGGAAAUGUUAUACACAAAAAUCACAUCUUGUUAGACAUCAGCGAACUCACACAGAUGAGAAGCCAUUUCUAUACUCUGAGAAAGGGAAAUGUUUUGCACGGAAAUCACAUCUUGUUAUGCAUCAGAGAAGUCACACAGGUGAGAAGCCGUUUCCAUGUUCUGAGUGUGGGAAAUGUUUUACACGCAAAUCAGAGCUUGUUAAACAUCAGCGAAGUCACACAGGUGAGAAGCCGUUUCCAUGUUCUGAGUGUGGGAAAUGUUUUGCACACAAAUCAGAUCUUGUUAGACAUCAGAGGAGACACACAGGUGUGAAGCCAUUUUCUUGCUCUGAGUGUGGGAAAUGUUUUACACAGAAAUCACAACUUGUUACACAUCAGCAAAUUCACACAGGUGAGAAUCUGUUUUCUUGCUCUGAGUGUACGAAAUGUUUUACACGGAAAUCAGAUCUUAUUACACAUCAGCGAAGUCACACUGGUGAGAAGCCAUUUCCAUGUUCUGAGUGUGGGAAAUGUUUUGCACACAAAUCAAAUCUUACUAAACAUGAAAGAAGUCACACAGAUGAGAAGAUAUUUUCAUGCUCCGAGUGUGGGAAAUGUUUUACACGGAAAUCAGAACUUGUUAGACAUCAGAGAAAUCACACAGGUGGGAAGCAAUUUUCUUGCUCUGAGUGUGGGAAAUGUUGUUUAAGUAAAUCACAUCUUGUUACACAUCAGAGAAGUCACACAGGUGUGAAGCCAUUUUCUUGCUCUGAGUGUGGGAAAUAUUUUACACAGAAAUCACAACUUGUUACACAUCAGCGAAGUCACACAGGUGUGAAGCCAUUUUCUUGCUGUGAGUGUGGGAAAUGUUUUACACGGAAAUCAUAUCUUGUUAAUCAUCAGAGAAUUCACACAGGUGAGAAGCCAUUUUCUUGCUCUGAGUGCGGGAAAUUUUUUACACAGAAAUCACAUCUUGUUAGACAUCAGCAAAGUCACACAGGUGAGAAGCCAUUUCCAUGUUUUGAGUGUGGCAAAUGUUUUGCACGGAAAUCAGUUCUCUUUAUACAUCAGAGAAGUCACAAAGGUGAGAAGCCAUUUACAUGUUUUGAGUGUGGGAAAUGUUUUGCACAGAAAUCAGUUCUUGUUAUACAUCAGAGAAGUCACAAAGGUGAGAAGCCAUUUCCAUGUUUUGAGUGUGGGAAAUGUUUUGCACACAAAUCAGAUCUGGUUAGACAUAACAAGUCACACAGGUGUGAAUCCAUUUUCUUGCUCUGAGUGCGGGAAAUGUUUUACACAGAAAUCACAUCUUGUUACACAUCAGCGAAGUCACACAGGUGAGAGGCCAUUUCCAUACUCUGAGAAAUAAGCUUUUGUUGCACACAAUAGACUUCACUCAGGUGAGAAACCAUUUUAAUCUUCUGGAGUAUACUUAUCAUUGCCAUGUAAUGUUCCUCAAGAUUCUGUCCUAUCUCUUAUGCUUUUUGCAAUAUACAUGCAACAGGUCCUUCUGAUAGAAGCUCACCAACAAAGGGCAGGGCUACAGCUCAGCUUUGCAAACCAACCAGACUUAAGCUUGGAGGUUCAGAGUAACAAAAUGCUGAUCAUGGGGGUAAUUCUGAGUUGAUCGCAACAGGAAUUCUGUUAGCAACUGGGCAAAACCAUGUGCACUGUUGGGGAGGCAGAUAUAACAUUUGCAGAGAGAAUUAGAUUUGGGUGGGUUAUUUUAUUUCUGUGCAGGGUAAUACUGGCUGCUUUAUUUUUACACUGCAAAUUAGAUUGCAGAUUGAACUCACCACACCCAAAUCUAACUCUCUCUGCACAUGUUAUAUCUGCCUCUCCUGCAGUGCACAUGGUUUUGCCCAGUUGCUUACAGAAUUUCUGCUGCGAUCAACUCAGAAUUCCCCCCCCAUGUGCGGAAUCUUGGGGGUAAAUUUACUAAGAUGGGAGUUCUAUUUAAGAUGGGAUGUUGCCAAUAGCAAGACAGCCAGACUCCAGCACUUAUUUCCCUCAGAAGAUCUACCUACAGUCAUACAUGCACUUGUAUCAUCACACAUGGACUACUGCAAUGUCCUCUACCUUGGUCUCCCAGCAAAAGAAUUGCACUGCUUGUACAGAAUGCAGCAGCCAGGCUGUUACCUAACCAGCCCAUUCCUGCCACAUAACACCCAUUCUCUGCUCCCUUCACAGGCUGCCUGUAAGAUGGUGACUAUUACAUAAUCUUACUGACUCUCCCAGCCCGACAUGACCAGGGUCCAUGUACCAGAAGCAGCGCCCUGUUUGGUUCCAUCUGCAGAUGAAGGACUGUUACCAGCAGUAUCAUAAUUCCCCAAGCAGUGCUGAGAUGUCGGGUGACACAGGGUAGGCGGCACCUUUGCAGUAGCGGGGGCUGCCAGAGCAGUGUGUACAUAAUGGAAAGCUGCUCAAUCAGAUAGUGAUGUCACUCAGGUGCUAAAAGGGAGGGGUAAAUCUGUGUAGGAAAAACUGUUCCCUAAUGCACACCGAGUGAAAAAUAUUACUACAUAAUAGAUAAUACGGAGAUCUUAGUUGCGUAUAUCUGCAGAUAUAGGGUUAAGCCCCCAGGCCGAUCGACAAGGCUUCUCCGUCACUGGGGGUCCCUAAUACUAGGUAUGGGUCCGGGGUGCAGGACCCCACAAUGGCGGCACAGGUCGGCCACCCCAGGUCAGCACACAUGUGAGAAUAAUGAAUAAGAAGCACAUAAGUGCUAUGUAAGUGGUGUGAUUAAAAUAAUAUAUACAAAGUGAUAGGGAAAAUCAUAAGUGAAGUGUUAAUAAAGUGUUAGGGUGUGCCGACCUGAAGCAGCCCAGUCAUACCGACACAGGGGCCACCACACCCCACACCCACCCCAUAAAUAAUUACAAAUAUGUCUGGGUUAAAUUCCCAGUGUAAGGCCACAUGGUAAUGGCUCCUACAGCAUCUGAGAGCCAGCUUACCUGGGGAUACCCCUGACUUCCCCUAUGGCACUAUGGAGUCAGCAAUCCCUCCUAAUGCUGACCCAUUCAUGCCUCUCUAAAUACAAUACACAAAAUGGAAAGCUGCUCAA